UAUUAUCGUUUAUGGAGUUGGGUUAUCAAUUUUUAGGAUUAAAGAGAAAGUUAGUUGCUUUAGGGAUCAUUUUUUUAAUAAGUAAAAAAGUAGGAUCGACCGAUCCUGCACGAUCUUGUACGAUUCUGCUCCGAUCUUGUACGAUCCUGCACGAUCUUGCACGAUCUUGUACGAUUCUGCUUUGAUCCUGACUUAUCUCUUGCAAAAACCCAAUUCCUUCCGAACAAACAUGAGAUAAGAGAGCGUUGAGAUAAGAAAUCCUUAUCCCUGCUCACUAUCCCACCAAACAAACGACCCGGUAAAAUUAUAACCAUGCAUUCAUAUGAAUCUCAAGCAUAAACACUAGUAUAAAAGGAUGAAGCACAUUAUCAUUGCACAAUUGUUAGAUCGGAGAGAGAGAAGAAUAGAUAGGUGCUCAAAUAUGGAAGUAGAGAACAUUUUACGCAUGAAAGAAGGAGUUGGGGAAUGUAGUUAUGCAAAGAACUCCUUACUUCAGAGAACUAUGAUAGCCAAGGCAAAGCCAGUACUACAAGAAAGCAUUAGAGGUCUGUAUCAUGCCUUGCAGCCAGAAUGUCUCAUGAUAGCAGACUUAGGCUGUUCUUCAGGGCCUAAUUCUUUGAUGGUAGUCUCAGAAAUCAUCGACACAAUCGAUGAAGAACGAAAGAAUCUUAAUCGAAAAUCCCCUAAAUUUGGGGUGUUCCUCAAUGAUCUCCAAGGGAAUGAUUUCAAUGCCAUAUUUAACUUACUCCCAAGCUUUUACCAGAGUCUAAAAGAAAAGAAAGACAGUGAUUUCGGACCGUGUUUUGUAUCAGGAACACCUAAGUCAUUCUAUGGAAGUGUAUUCCCUGACCAAUUCCUUCACUUUGUACACUCUUCUUACAGUGUUCAUUGGCUUUCACAGGUACCAAGAGGAUUGGAAAGUAGGAAUGGAGAAGCAUUGAACAAGGGAAAUAUAUACAUUGCAAAAACAAGCCCUCCAGAAAUAGCACAAGCAUAUUAUGCACAGUUUAAGGAGGACUUCACUCUCUUCUUGAGGUCACGGGGGAAAGAGAUGGUGCCUGGUGGUCAUAUGGUCUUGACUCUGCAAGGUAGCGUGCAGAGAAAUGACCCUGACUCAUUAUGGGAGUUGCUUGGCUCUACCCUCCACACUAUGGUUCAAGAGGGUGUGAUAGAACAGGAAAAACUAGACAGAUUCAACAUGCCAUUUUAUUCUCCCACAGCUGAGGAGGUGAAAGAAUUGGUAGAAGCCGAAGGAUUAUUUUCUGUCAACAAACUUGAAACUUUUAAAGUUGACUGGAGCGUUGACACCAACCAAAACCUCGAAAACCGAGCCAAAUUCGUUGCCAAUACUAUAAGAGCUGUUACAGAAUCUCUCCUUACAACUGCAUACGGUGAGGCAGCCAUGGAUGAUUUGUUUCUCAGGUUCAGCAGAAUGGUCAAGGAACGGAUGGAUCAAGAACAAAGUGAAUACUUAAAUAUUGUGGUAUCAAUGAUUAAAAGAGAUUGAAAUUUGUACUUCCUCAACUUUCAGAAUAUUUGUUAUGCAUAUUGCUAGAUAACAUUAACUUGUCAGGAAAAGAAUUCUGGUGAAAGGCCUUUAAGUUACAUGUUUAAGAACAAAAACACUGGUAUUUAUCAUGUGACGUGGGAGCGAAGAGCGCACCCUAGAUUAUAACUUAAAGCGGCAUUAAGUCUUAUA